AUGUGUGGUAUACUAGGUAUUGUUUUAGCUAAUCAGCAGAUCAACGUAGCUCCCGAGCUCUUUGAAGGAGCCAUGUUUUUACAACAUCGUGGGCAAGAUGCCGCUGGUAUCGCCACUUGUGGACCCAAAGGUAGAUUGUACCAGUGCAAGGGAAAUGGAAUGGCUCGUGAUGUUUUCACUCAACUGAGAAUGUUGAACUUGAUUGGCAAUAUGGGUAUUUGCCAUUUACGUUACCCCACUGCUGGGUCGAGUGCCGGAUCGGAAGCACAGCCUUUUUACGUCAAUAGUCCAUAUGGUAUUUCGUUGAGUCAUAAUGGUAAUUUGGUCAACUCGAUAGAGUUGAGGAAACAUUUGGAUGAGGUUGUUCAUCGUCAUAUAAACACCGAUUCCGAUUCGGAGUUGUUGUUGAAUGUAUUUGCAUCUGAGUUGGACAAGUUUAACAAGAGUAGAGUCAAUAAUGCCGAUGUGUUUACGGCCUUGACUCAAACGAUGGAGAGGAUCAGAGGUGCGUAUGCGUGUGUCGCCAUGUUGGCAGGGUAUGGUCUUAUUGGGUUCAGAGAUCCUAAUGGGAUCAGACCGUUGUUGAUUGGUGAACGAGUUCAUGAAGAUGGGACAAAGGAUUUCAUGUUGGCUUCGGAAAGUGUAGUUUUGAAAGCGCACGGGUUCAAGAAGUUUCGUGAUUUGCAUCCUGGUGAGGCGGUGAUUAUUCAGAAAAAUGGUGAUCCUGAAUUUAAGCAAGUUGUUAAACCCAAGAUUUUUGCUCCUGAUAUUUUUGAAUAUGUGUAUUUUGCUAGACCCGAUUCAGUAUUGGAUGGGGUUUCGGUUUACCGAUCAAGAAUUGAGAUGGGGAUCAAGUUGGCCAACAAGAUUAAGCGUGUUAUGGAUGAAAAUGACAUUGAUGUUGUCAUAUCUGUUCCUGAUACUGCAAGGACCAGUGCGUUCCAAUGUGCAGUCAGUUUGGGAAAGCCAUAUCGUGAAGGGUUUGUAAAGAAUAGAUAUAUUGGAAGGACAUUUAUUAUGCCAAAUCAGCAAGAAAGAAGGUCAUCAGUGCGGAGAAAGUUGAAUGCGAUGGAGUCAGAGUUUUCCAACAAGAAUGUAUUGAUUGUUGAUGAUUCGAUAGUGAGAGGUACAACUUCAAAGGAGAUUGUUUUGAUGGCUAGAGAGGCUGGGGCUAAAAAUGUUUACUUUGCAUCGUGCGCUCCUCCAAUCAGAUACAACCAUAUCUACGGUAUCGAUUUAGCCGAUACCAAGGCUCUUGUUGGGUUCAAUAGAUCAGAAGAAGAGAUUUCAGAAGUUAUUGGUGCUGACAAGGUGAUAUAUCAAGACUUGCAUGAUCUAGUUGAUUGUUGUAAAUCUGACAAGGUUAAGGAGUUUGAAGUGGGUGUAUUCACUGGUGCUUAUAUCACGGGAGUUGAAGAUAAUUAUUUACAAGAGUUGGAAAAGAUUAGAGCUCAGAAUCAACGAUUGACUGCAUUGGAGAACGGGAAUGCUUUGAAAGGGUUUAGUGUGGAUGCGUGUAUUGAUCAAGGAGAUAUGAUUGAUGUUAAAGCUGAAGUUGAUAUCAGUAUUCACAAUAGCGGUGAUUAUCAAGGAUGA